CGGAGACUUGUCUGCUUCCCUCUUCCUACCCUCUCCACGGCGGUCGCUCGGGCUGACCGGGGAGGGGGGACGGCCGAGAGAGAGCGGGACUGACUUCCCGAAAGUUUCCCGAAGCAUCUGCUACCCGCCAGGCCCCAGGUGGGGGCCCCGCGCAGCUCCCCGCCCCUCUCCAAAGCCCGGGGGACCGUUGCAGGUGGAGCGACGCUGAGGGGGAGCCCGGGCUCGGCGCGGCCGUUGCCCUGGCGAGGGGCGCCUCGGUCCUGCCCGCUCCGGUUCCAGCUCCUUCGGCUGCUGCGCCCGGCGGUUCCUCCUGUCAACUGCCUGCGCCCGCGCGCCCGCCAGCUCGCCGGCCCGGAGCGCCGAGGAGGGCCGCCUUAAGCCGCCACCGCGGCCCGGGGACGUGGUGAGCUGUGGCGCUUCCGCGUCCGCGCCGCCGGGGACUCUUUGGGGAGCGCGCCGGGCCGCAGUCCCGUUCGGUUCCGCGCCGUGCGCCGGGGCUGCGCCAGGUGGGGCCCUCCGCCGCGUCGUGCGCCCGGCUGGUGCCGCGGCCCGCUCGCCCGCCCGCCUGUUCCGGGAGUUGAGUAAGUUGGGCGCACUUGGCGGCGCGGACCCGACCUGCGCCAGGGAGACCCCCGCGACGCACGUGCGUGGCGGGAGGGCGCGAGCUUCUCCUCGGCCGCGCCAGGGCCUCGUCGCGCCCUGCUCUCCGCGCGCUCGCCCGCUCGCUCGCUCGUCCGUCAGCCCGCCCCGGCCGGCGAGGCCGCAGCCGCCUGCGCAGCCGGCCAGGCCUUGGCUGUGCGCUGCGCUGUGCUGUGCUGCGCUGCGCGCCGGACGCUGCGUUUCCGGCCAAGCCGCGAUGAAGAGCUUCUCACAGUGAAAAGAAAAUAGAUCGCACCCAUUAAAAAUGCCUUUGAGGGACAAAUACUGUCAAACUGACCACCAUCAUCACGGAUGCUGCGAACCAGUUUAUAUCCUGGAGCCUGGAGAUCCACCUUUAUUACAGCAACCACUACAGACAUCCAAAUCUGGUAUUCAGCAAAUAAUUGAGUGCUUUCGAUCAGGAACCAAACAGCUUAAACAUAUUUUGUUAAAAGAUGUGGAUACUAUUUUUGAAUGUAAAUUAUGCCGUAGUCUCUUUAGAGGAUUACCAAAUUUAAUUACCCAUAAGAAAUUUUACUGCCCACCAAGUCUCCAAAUGGAUGACAACCUUCCUGAUGUAAAUGAUAAGCAAAGCCAAGCCAUAAAUGAUCUCCUAGAAGCCAUAUAUCCAAGAGUGGACAAGAGAGAGUAUAUUAUUAAGCUAGAACCCAUAGAAACCAAUCAGAAUGCAGUGUUUCAAUAUAUUUCAAGAACUGAUAAUCCUGCUGAAGUCACAGAAUCAAGCAGUACACCUGAGCAGACUGAAGUCCAGAUACAGGAGACAAGCACAGAACAGCCGAAAGCUGUCCCGGACACAGAUGCUGACGUGCUGGAAGUCAUGGAGCCUCCUCCUGAAGAGACUGUUGUAGAUGAAGCUGUGCCUCCCUCUGAGGAGCAGCCCCAGGAAUCACAGGCUGACUUGGAAAUGUCUGAUAGUUCUGACCUUGGUCACCAGUUGAUAUGUUGUCUUUGUAGGAAAGAAUUCAAUUCUAGACGAGGUGUCCGUCGUCACAUUCGAAAAGUACACAAGAAAAAGAUGGAAGAACUAAAAAAGUACAUUGAGACGCGGAAGACUCCAAACCAGUCUUUGAAAGGACGCAGUAAGAGUGUUCUGGUCUCCUUAAGUAGGAGUUGUCCAGUUUGUUGUAAAUCCUUUGCUACAAAAGCGAACGUAAGGAGGCAUUUUGAUGAAGUUCAUAGAGGACUGAGGAGGGACUCAAUUACUCCUGAUAUAGCAACAAAGCCUGGGCAACCUUUGUUCUUGGAUUCCGCUUCUCCUAAAAAAUCUUUUAAAACUCGAAAACAAAAGUCUUCAAAGGCUGAGUACAAUUUAACUACAUGCAAAUGCCUCCUUUGCAAGAGGAAAUACAGUUCACAGAUAAUGCUGAAGAGACAUAUGCAAAUUGUCCACAAGAUAACUCUUUCUGGAGCAAAUUCUAAAAGAGACAAAGGGUCGAAUAAUACUGCCAGCAGUUCAGAAAUAAAAGUUAAAGUUGAACCAGCAGACACUGCAGGAUCUUCACCUUCUUCUAUUAGCCAUUCUCCACAGAAUGGAUUAAAGGGAACAAAUCAUUCAAAUGAGAAGAAGAACACACCAACAACACAGAAAAAUAAAGUUAAACAGGACUCUGAAAGCCCUAAACCAGCUAGUCCUUCGGCUGCAGGUGGUCAGCCAAAAGCCAGGAAGCCAAAACUUUCAGCUGGCUUUGACUUUAAGCAACUUUACUGUAAACUCUGUAAACGCCAGUUUACUUCCAAGCAGAACUUGACUAAACACAUUGAGCUGCACACAGAUGGGAAUAACAUUUAUGUUAAAUUCUACAAGUGUCCUCUCUGCACUUACGAAACUCGUCGGAAACGUGAUGUGAUAAGACAUAUAACUGUGGUUCAUAAAAAGUCAUCUCGCUACCUUGGGAAGAUAACAGCCAGCUUAGAGAUCAGAGCUAUAAAAAAGCCUAUUGAUUUUGUUCUAAACAAAGUGGCAAAAAGAGGCCCUUCAAGGGAUGAAGCGAGACAUAAUGAUUCCAAACAUGAUGGCACUUCCAAUUCUCCUAGUAAAAAGUAUGAAGUAGCUGACGUCGGUAUUGAAGUGAAAGUCACAAAAAACUUUUCUCUUCACAGAUGCAAUAAAUGUGGAAAGGCAUUUGCCAAAAAGACUUAUCUUGAACAUCAUAAGAAAACUCAUAAGGCAAAUGCUACCAAUUCACCUGAAGGAAACAAAACCAAAGGCCGAAGUACAAGAUCUAAGGCUCUUGUCUGCCUGGCGAAGCCGUCGCCCCGCAGCGCCGCCAUCCUGCGUCCGCCCGCGGGCGCCGUCACCACGCGCCAGGCCGCCUCCAGCUGCCGCGCCAAGCUCCGCGGCGCCGCCAGGGAGCGCCAGCACCCGGCGCGCGCCCUCGGCAAGUCGGCCGCCCCGUGACGCCGCCGCGCGCUCCCGCUCCCGCGGCCGCGCGCCCCGCCGGACCUCCGGCCAGGGCCCGGGUCGCCUCUGCAGACGCCGCGUCCACGGCCGCCCCGGCGGCGGCGGCGUCGUUGCCAGCCCGAGCUCCUGCGCCCGCCUCCCCUGCCUGCCCCUCGGGACGCCGGGCCGCUGACUGCUGCGUGACACGCGUUCCUCCAGGCCGCCUGCGAAAUCCCGGCUUCUUUGAAACUCUCGCUGCACACAAUUCCUUUCCCGUAUUUCUUGUACGGACUCCCUGUUCCCACACAGAUUCUUCUCAUUAUUAGCUCGUCGAAGCCAGCCUCGUUUUCUUCACCUUCAGGCCUCAUUAAGCUCCACCUCCCACUCCCAUCUCCAAGAGGAUUCCUGUUUGUCCAAAUUCUCGUGGCUCUGGGGUGGCUAACAAACCAGAGUUGUAUCAGGCACAAACUCUAGUUGAACUCGAACAUUAGGCUUUCCCCUCCCUGUAACUCCAGCUCCAAUUACCCUUCCUCUCUUUGGAAUCUGUCCGUGUUUCCAAGGAUCUACUUGUCAUCUUUAGAAACUGGGUCCUCUCUAGAAUAUUGUCCCGUGGUGAUCACAGGAAAGGUGCUCUGGGAAAGCUUGUUGGCUGAGCCCCUCAUGGAGGUCAUGCUUCUCCUGGGCUAUUCCCAGUGGUCACAGCCAAGGUAGCUGUGACAUUCAUGGGACAUACAUGGUCCCUCAGUGAACUAUUUUGGGGUGGGGGCCCCUCAACUCUUGGUUGAACUUUCUUAGGAGCGCUGGCUUCAGUCUAUAGCCCUCUUGCCCCUGCCUUUCAUAGGUGAGUCAGACCUCUGCCUUAAGGCACUAAGGCUCUUUCCCCUCCUUUUCCUUUCUUUCUCAGGUGUCCCCUUAACACAACUGCUGCACAGUGACCUUUGUCUUGGUGUCUGCUGCUAGGACCUGAACUGACACACCAGACAUUCCAUUCUCUGAUCACCUUCUUCCUAUCCGGAGCUUUUUGUCCAUUGAUCUCAUUUUUUUCUACUGUUGGGCAGGCCAUGCCUUGGAUAUAUUUCCUUGACUAGCCCAGACUCCAUAGUCCAUUAUAAUCAUGCCUUGAAAUGCGAUUCUCUCAGCACUCUCAAACCUCAUUUUCUUCCGAGUUAUUUCCUAGAAAAACAAAAUGCAACCGUACAUAAGAUAACCUCUGUCUUGCACGGGCCUGACUGGUGCAACUGAUCAUUUCCUGCAAGAAAAUCUCAAGAAACAACUGACCUGUUCUCCUUUCAAUACUUUAUUGCAGAUCUGAAAUUGGUGGUUUUUCCUAUGAUCAUCUCAGUCCCCCACAUCUAGACCGACCGUUUCUGUGCAUGUGUCUCCUCAGAGUGCCCCUUUUGGUUCCUAUUUCCCUGAGAAGUAAGAGUUGCACACAGGCACCCGCAUCUUCCUGCUACAGUGCCGGAAAUGGCCUCCCCUUUUAUGACUGAAAAAGCUCGCAGGCCAGUCCCUUCGAAGUCUUAGCGCUGUGGAUCUGGCUCUCUUGGCUUCUGAGGAACUUGAGGUUCUCCUCUUCCUCUCUCUUGUUACCAUCAUCUCCCCUCAGUCAGUUGUUUGGUUGCAGUAAAUGGCACAUCUCAUCCAGUUUCUCUAGUCAGAAACCCGGAGGGCCCCUCUGCUUCUCUUUGACCAGCUCCUUACAAAGCAGACCAUCUAUCUCAUCCACCAGUUUUAUCACCCAAAUAUGCCUUUUCUUUUUUUCGGAGAAAGAAUCCCUCUACAUAGUUUGCCCGGAACUCACUGUGUAGAGCAGGUCAGCUUUGAAUUUGUAAUGAUCUCCCUGCUUCUGUCUUCGAAGGCCCGGAAUUAUAGGUGGCACAAUCCUUCCUGACUCAAAGUCAUCUUUAAUCUGCCCCCUCCCGGAUUCAGUACCAUCAUCACUUCGUCCUGGCCAGCACUUUCUUCUCAUGACCUCUAUGUCGGCUAGUCCUGCAUGGCCUCUCAGCUAGCCUUCUUGCCCUACCGCACUACCUUUUUGAGCCUGGUGGUAGUGAGCUUUUCAUCAAUUGAAUAAAUUGUUGGUUAUAGGAUAAAAUGGAAACUCCGUACCAUAGCUUACAAAGCCUACACCAUCCGACCCUCUCUUAUUUCUUCAACAUCUUCUGUUCUCCUACUGUUUACCAUGUGUGGCCAUGCUAGCUCGGCCAACUGGCCAAGCGAGAUCUUUUCCGUACCUCAGGGGGUUGGUAAAUACCACUCUCUCUAAGCUGCCCUUCAUGGCCUCCCUCUCCGUCACCACAGCGUAGCCUCAGGAUGGGUGCAAGAGUUUAGAGAGAGACCUGUCUGGAGCACCAUACUGAAAGUGACCUCCCAAUCAUUUCCUCCCAGUUCUGUGUUUGUCAUCUUAUUUAUUUGCUUAUUUUAUUUGAUUUCCUUCUCCCCACACUAGAAUGUAUGAAGGAAGCGACUGUGGCUGUCUGGAUUCUUCAACACUGCAUUCUCUGCCCAUAGCCAUUUGGUACAUAUUAGACGCACAGUAACUAUCUGUUGAAGGGAUAAAUGGAUACAUAUGCUAAUUUUUCUGUUGGGAAUUCACUUUCUAUUGACUUAGGAAGAGGUAUUUAUAUAUUAAGACCACCAAUCAUUUGCGUAUUCUGUUUGCUGCAGACAUUCUGCCCUUCUCCACUAUGUGCCAGUUUAAUUCUUGAUGUCUAUGAGAUACAGAAACAUUGUGUUUCUCACGACAAUAAAUACGUUUUAUGAGUCUUGCAUUUGGUGAUAUGUUUAAAAAUAUUGUCUCUGUGUCAGUGUUCCAUGCCUAUUUGUUUGUUUCCUUUUAUUUUUAUUUUUUUUUAGAUUUAAAUAUUUUCUCUAAAUGGAAUUUAUUUUUGGUAUAGGUGUGAGUAAGGGCCUACAUAUUUAUUUAGUUGUUACAUCAUUUAUUGAAAAUUCUUUUUUAUUGUUUUGAAUAGUUCACAUUUUUGGAACAUUAAAUUCUUAUACCUGAGUAGUUUCUGUGCUUAUCACGUCACGUGUUUGUUGUUCCUGAAGUCCCUUGGCUGUUGCCAUGGUAUCAGUUGCUUUAUUCUGUGUUUACAAUGAAGUAAUGUUACUUUUAUUUUUAAAAAUAUUUUUGGUUUUUGGCUAUGGUUUUUCAUUUAUUCUCCUCAAUUAGCUUUAGUUAUAUUUUGGUAAAGUCCAAAAGAAAGUCUACUGUCAUUUCCUUUAGGAUUAUCGCUUUAAGAUGGUGGGUUAUUUGAGAAAGAGCUGUAAAGCUUGUACUCAGAGAUCUACUGAGGAACUGGUCAUGUGUCAAGGUUACUGAAGACAUCUGUAUGUCCUUCAGUUCUUUUUUUAAUGUGCUGUAAACUUAUUUGUUACAUUUUAGCUAUUUUAUAUUUUGUUGCUAUUUUACUGUGAUCACCCCCCUCCCCCAUUUUUAAGAGCUUUUUAUGAAAGCUGUUCCUUGUAAGGUCAAUUGAUUUUGUGUUUGAUAACUUUCCAGAUCUCUCGCUAAUCCUUAUUGAUUCCUUUCUGCAUAGCUGGUCAUUUAAAGCAUCAUUAAUGAUAAUUUUGUGUUUCUUUUGCUAUGCUUAUACCUCAUCAGAUAAACGAUGGUAAUAGCCGUGCUCUUGUCCUGACAUUUUAGGAAUGCCAUCAGUAUUUUACCAGGUUUUAAUGUUAACUACUCUACUCAAAAUGCAGGCCUUCAGUCAAAGGAAAUUUUUUUUUUUGGUUCAAAUAUACCAAACAUAUUUUGGAAGUUCUUGUUGAAUUAUAUUAAACACUCUCGGCAAACAGAGGUUAUCGUAUCGUUUUAUUUUGUGGUCUGUUACCACAAUACACUGUUAUUAACCGAUUUCUUAACACUGGGCUAUUUCUGCAUAUGAUAGAGUCUGUAAUCAUGGCGAACUUUCCCCCAUUUUAAGUAUAACAAUGUUAAAUUCAAUUCCUUACAUUUUAAUUGGGGUUAAAACAUUUAUAUUCAUGAAAAGUAUUAGAUUGCAAUCUUAUAUUUUUAUAUUCUUCUUUCUUAGCUUCGGAGGUGAAUUUCUCUAUUGUGUUAGGUAUAUUAGUAAUACUAUAGAACUGUCUAUUCCUUGAUGUCUUGGAAGAACUCCCUCAUAACACUGUUUAUAAGAUAAAAGAUAAUUCUCUGAAAAGUUUGAAAAUUUCUAUGGUUUUGUCCUCUAAAGGCAACCAUACUUCUUGAAUAGCAACUUUAAAAUUAUAUUUUUAAAAGAAAAUCAUGCAUUUUCACAGAAUUUAAAAAUAUGUUAGAUUUCUGCAUAUAUUUAUCUUAUAAUUAAAAAUAUUUUUCUCUGUCUCUGUGGUUGUAGUGUUUUUCUUAUUUCCCAACUCUUUAGUCUUUAGUUGUAUUUUUUUCCUUUUAUUGGACUUGCCAGUCUUUUUAAGGAACCAAUAUUUAAAUAUUUUAUUAACUCUUAGUUUUUCUGUUUAUAGCAGUGUAAUUAUUUAUCUCUAAUUUCUUCUUCUUAUUAAAAGUUUAGUUGUUGUUUUAUGAGUGUUUCUUUGUAAUUGAUGACUUAGAUAAUUUUUUAAUUUCUUAUUUAAUAAUAGGACAUAAGAUUAUAAACUUACCUCUGGGCACAGCUUUAUUCUAUGGCCCCUUACUGUUAUAGUAACUGUUUCUAUUUUGUUUUUUAACUGGUGUAAUUUGCAGUAGUGUUCUGAGUUUUUCCCUGUUAAUUCUGCUUUCUUUAAUAAAAAUAAGCUUAUUGAUAUUUAUGUUGCUAUUUUAAUAAAGAGCCA